AUUUUUCAUUCACGAUUCAGAAUCACAAAAUCACAAUCAGAUUGAUAUUGGGAUGGAGCGUUGUGUGCCGGCGACGCCAUUCUGGACACCCGACACGGUGGACUGGAUUUUCCAGCAAGCACACGCAAACAACAUAGAGAUCCGAACAAACCACCUGCACGUGCAGGAGAAGCGGUCAAUAAAGCUGGGGUCGUGGUUUGUGUUUGAUAGCAGCCUGAUUCGACGGUGGCGAGACUCGUACAAUUGGUGCAAGGCGUACAUGACCCACACGACCAAAAAGUCCGAGCACGUCUACCGCGAGCGCAACGGCAACCUGUACAAGAUCUUUUAUAGCUGUCCAACGUCGUCGCCGCUGCGUCUGGUGUGCUACACCGACCGAAGUCCAAUAGCGAAUGUCGUGAAAAACGAUCAACAGCUAGUUAAAACACAUCUUAAUCGCAGCGAUCAAGCCGAGGAUGCGUCGGGGUGGGCUGACCUUCUGAGGCAAUCCAGGGAGCAGCCUUAUUACGAGCAGAUAUCGCUGCGGCCACUGCUGCCGCGGCCAUGCAUCAGCGAGCACGAGGAGACGCAGGGGGCGGGCGACAACGUGGAGUCAAACAGCGGUACAGACGCCUUCCAAUCGCUGCUCUGGGCUGCAUGCAUGGAGCAGGAGCAGCCUCGCCCGAUUCGCGCGAUACCUGCAGAGACUAGCGCUGCACCAUCCGCGAAGAGAACGCUCGAGCAGGCCGAGCAGGGCGAGCCGGACGAGAAGGUGGUGCCGCCUCACCACAAGCGAUUUGCCGAAGAGGACGGCAUGUCCAAGCCGUCUCGUCCAUCACCCCACUCCCCUAUUGCUGUCGUCACAAAUAUCGAUGCCAGUACCACACACAGGAUACCGAACGACCCGACAGAGUCUGAUGCGAGCUCGCCCCCGUCCGACGCUGAAACACUCUCGCCCAGCAGCUCCCCACGGCAGCCGCCGUUUCCGAAUCUUCCAAAUUUGUAUCCUGUUCCGCAUCUAUCCGAGCGGUGGGGGUGAUUGUUCGCUCUGGCGGUAUUGUGAUGUAACCAACAAAGCAAG